AAUGAUUCAACGUCUAUAUCUAGACCAGAAAUUUUUCUCGUGGAAUCGUGUGGAGCACAGUUUAGUGCCGACAUAAGCAGCGAGGGCAUCAAAGCUAAAAAUACAGCUGGGAUAAAACCAUUCAAGCCAGAAGGUCCAGUUGGGGCCACAUCUAACCAAUAUGCCAGGUUUUUGGACAUCAACCACCACACUGAAGCUUCCGCCACUGAAGAGCAAUUUGAAGAAGUCUAUGAAGAAAUCGAUGCCGUUAAGAAGAUUUAUUCAAAUGAAAACACUAAAGCUAAAAACGACAAAGCUUUUAAAACAAGUCAAGAUAACAAGGUCUUCAAGGAGCCAGAAAAUUAUUAUCUUCAACCACUUCAGUAGCUCCUGGUGUAUGUGGCAUUUCCAGAAUUUUUUCUGGGGAAAUGGUGGAAGCAGAGCAUUCAAAAUGUUUGUCCGUAGAUAUUUUGAGGAUACAGAAGGAAGAAAGCGAUAAGCGCCCUAACACCCCCGCAUCUUGCCUAUGCUAUUCCCUGAUAGAGAUGCUGCUAAAGCUUUGACUUACUGAAAUUUCUUGCCUCUCCGCGCUUACAAAUGACAAACAAUAUGUUCCACAAAAACUUUUCACAUUUACAAAGUGUACAUUAUACGUUUCACUGGGGUGUUGUUGUUCUAUCUGAAAAUUUGCUUUUUAUAUUUGUAUCUUUGUAAUGUAGUUUUAUAAUUUAAAAAAACAUUAUAUAUACAUAUCAAUAUCAUAUGUGACAUUGUAACACAAAACCUCUGAAUAUAAGAAUAUAAGUCAUACAAGUUUUGUUAAUGAACAGACAUGUAUUAGUUGCAAUAAUAUGUAACCAUGAAUGAAAUUCCCCAACAGUAAUUUAAACUGAUGCAUACAAAAAUGUUGGUGUUACUGAGAAGAUUCUGAUUUUUUAUUAUUAAAUCAAAAAGUUUUAAAUAUAUUCAACAACUUUGUAAUUUAGUUAAUCUUUUACGGACUAAAUCAAGGUUAUAUUUUCAUGUACUAAACCCUAUAAUAUCUCUGUAACAUUG